AGACCAUUAGAAGAGGAGAUGGAGGGUCAGAGAAGCAGAAUGACUUGCUCAGGGUCACAUGGCUGGGGGACAGAGCUAGGAGUGCCCCCUCCUCCCACACACACUCCUGACCGCUGGGCUUGUCACAGAGUGACUAGGGAAGGACACAGGCAGCCAGGGCGAGGAGGGUUGAAGGAAGAAUAGGGUCAGAGGUCCUCAGCAAUUGGGCCUAAGUGAGUUGCAUGUAUGUUAAAAGUCUUAAAGUUGUGUGUGAGGCUUCAUACCAGCAGUUUCAGAUUAAAGCACCUAAAGGUGGAUUAGAGGACCCAAGAGUUCAGACAAUUUUACAAAGGAGAAAAGAGAAAAUCAGAGUUUAAAUGAUUUGUCCAAGCUAGCUCCAAAGUCUGUCUUUUUACUUCAGAAACUACUGGAAGCCCUUGAGAACAGAUGUCUUACCUAGCCCAUCCUCUAAGCUUCCUUCUUCCCUUCCAGAUCUUUUUCUCACACCACCUGCUCCUGGGAGCCUGCCCUGAUUGCUGUCACCUCGUUUCUUGAAAAUUGGUGCCUGGGCAGAAAUUAACUGAAGUCUUUUGCAAAUGCCCUAGGGCUGUGCUGUUGAGAGGGGCACAGCCCCCUGGGAUGCACAACAUCACAUUCAGAUUCAUCAAUUCGAGCUGCCAGAGGCCCUGCCGCCCAGCGGACCAUGUUUAACGGGGAGCCGGGUCCGGCCUCGGCCGCGGCCUCCAGGAACGUGGUGCGGAGCUCCAGCAUCAGCGGUGAAAUCUGUGGAGCCCAGCAGGCUGGGGGCGGGGCCGCGACCACUACCGCCAAGAAGCGGCGCAGCAGCCUCGGCGCCAAGAUGGUGGCCAUCGUGGGCCUGACCCAGUGGAGCAAGAGCACACUCCAGCUCCCCCAGCCUGAAGGGACCACCAAGAAGCCGCGCAGCAACAUCCGACGGAGCACAGAGACAGGCAUUGCAGUGGAGAUGCGGAGUCGGGUCACGCGCCAGGGCAGCCGGGAGUCCACUGACGGGAGCACCAACAGCAACAGCUCAGACGGCACGUUCAUCUUCCCCACCACCCGGCUCGGGGCCGAGAGCCAGUUCAGCGAUUUCCUGGAUGGGCUGGGACCAGCCCAGAUUGUGGGGCGACAGACGCUAGCAACGCCACCGAUGGGGGACGUGCACAUUGCCAUUAUGGACCGCAGAGGCCAGCUGGAGGUGGAAGUGAUUGAGGCUCGAGGCCUCACCCCGAAACCAGGCUCCAAAUCCCUCCCAGCCACCUAUAUCAAGGUUUACCUGCUUGAGAAUGGGGCCUGCUUGGCCAAGAAGAAGACAAAGGUGGCCAAGAAGAUCCAUGACCCCCUGUACCAGCAGGCUCUGCUCUUCGAUGAGGGGCCCCAGGGUAAGGUGCUGCAGGUGAUCGUCUGGGGCGACUACGGCCGCAUGGACCACAAGUGCUUCAUGGGCAUGGCCCAGAUCAUGCUGGACGAGCUGGACCUGAGUGCCGCGGUCACUGGCUGGUACAAACUCUUCCCCACCUCCUCAGUGGCCGAUUCCACGCUUGGAUCCCUCACCAGGCGGCUGUCCCAGUCCUCUCUGGAGAGUGCCACCAGCCCCUCGUGCUCCUAAGGACCUCAGGAAGAGAGGCUGGGAUGGUGGCAUGGGAAGGGGUGCCAGCUGGCCGCCCACUUCCUCCCCUGUACAUAGUCUUCAUGUCGACAUGGACCCCGUGCCCUGCUGCAUGCCUGUUGGCCACUGGGCUUGUCCCAGCUGGCAGUGGAGACUAGUGUGUGUGCGUGUAUAUUUGUGUGUAAGUGUGUGUAGUCUGUGUAUAUGUGUGACCACAAUUAUAUAUGUUCAUCUGUCUGGGUAUAGUCAGUCCUGGUGACUACAUGGGCUGAAAUCCAUGUCUCUUUGUAUCUUGUUGAAAAGAAACCCAAAGGAGUGUUGAGUGGGCACGAUUCACCAAGUGGGGGCUGUGGCCAUUGGUUCAUCCCAUCUGGUCCCAUGUCUGGGGCAGAGCCUGUAUGUUCCCUACCUGUGCCUCCUCUUGGUGGUCUCUGCUUGGUUCUUUGUCUUGUCCUUUGUACCACCCUCUGUCUCUCCCCAGCACUGCUGCUGUUUUUUGAGGAAUGUAGCAUCCACUGCAGUUGAACACGCUGAGGCCCCUCUAGGAACCCCAUCUUAUCCCCUCCUCUACCACCUCUGCCCCGAUGCCCCUCCUCCCACCCGAGCAGCCCUGGCAGCUCUUCCCAAGGAAUGCAUUCUGCAGCAUGUAGCAUGCUCACCUAGUGCCCUGGCCAGGGCUCCGGGAGAAGCAGCAGCUGCCUGGUAAACUGAGGGCUUGGAGACUGCUUUCUCCCUUGGACUGGAGCCAUCUCCUUCCCACGUGUAUAACACAAGGUGGUCUUGGUUCCAGGGGAAAUGGCCCGAUACCUUAGAGGGAGGUGCCAGGUGCUUCCUUGAGCAUUUGUUCCUCACCUCUUUCCUCCCUUCAAGGCUCCUGGCUCUGACAUGCCAAAGGAGCUCUCCUUGUGGGCCUCAGGAGCCUUGGAGUAGAGGGUCUUGACAUCCAGGGGGCUGACCUCAGAGGGGAUGUUAUCUUCCAAAGCAGACAGUCCCUGGAGAUACCUGUGUCCUCCCAAGGCUCUGCUGGUGGCCUUACCUGCCUCUGGGCUCAUCCCUGGUGGGGGCAUGGCUUGGUGAUGAGGUGCUGAGGGUAGGGCUCUUUGCAGAAAUAAGGAGGGCUGAGGCUGGCUUGUUUUGAGCCACAGUUGAGAAUCCAUUCGGACCUUUGGGGAUUAGCUGCAUGAAGUUGCUCAUUGGAGGCUCUAUUUUUUGCUCAUUUCCAGGCCAGGGUCCCUGUCUGGGAACCCAGAUUCGCUUGAGCCCCGGCCUCCUGGCUCUGGACUCUGACCGCCACAGUCACCAGCUCUGUACAAGCAAUAUUUACCCCUCCCAGCCCCCCGCCUUUUCAUCCUCCAUCACCACCCUUUGGACAGCAGCCUGGCCUGCUGUAGGCACCUCAUCUGCUCUCUGCUUUCUUGUCUACCCUUGUCUGGUUGGAGCUCCUCAAAGCUACUCAAACCCUGACCUGACUCAAACCCUGGCCCUGUUGGUGGGGACCAGUUCCUAGUCUGGACCUUUUGAAAGGUCUGCUGGGAAUCCUGAAGUCUGGCUUAGGAAGGCCCAAAUCUGUCCCUGUCACCCCUCAGUUCUAGGGUGAAUGUAAAAAGUCAGAGAUUGCCCCAGAGAUAGACAAAGCAGCCUGUGGGUCCAAAUCUGGUGGGGAGAAAAGGAGACCCAAGAUGGGGAAGGCCUUCUUUCUGCCUCUUCCCCGAACGUCAUUCCAAAGUAUUGAAGUGACUCUGGUCCAAGUACUUCAGGCAGAGGGAGAGCUACGAGUGGUAGCAAAGGAGAGGUCUAGGAACCUGAGGGCUUGGACUUCAUUCCUGUCCAAAUCCAGGUGGACAGGAGGUGGGUUCUGAGAGGGUGGAGGAGGAUGCGCCAUGAACUUCAGGCCAUCUUUCUGGCAGGAAUCCCUGUUAGGCUGACACCAGAGCCCUUUCACCCUUCCUUCUCCCCAAGAAAACUAGGGGAAGAAGCCAGGACUGCGCAGGUCUUGCCCUCAGACAAAAAAUAAGGGCAGGGAGAAAAUGAGGACAAUUAGCUCCUGGGCUCCUGUCUCCUGCAUGAGCCUACUUUCUAGUAUUUUCAGAGAAGAGAACCAUUGUACAUACGGAAGAGUGGAGAGGGGUGGGUAGAGGUUUCUCUUUAUGCAGAAACUUUCUCCCCAGUCCCAUUGCUUGGGACGGGGUAAUACAUGCAAUUUCUCAUGUCCCUAAAAAUUGGGCAAAGAGCCCUGUACCCUUUGACCCUACAGUGGGGACAGGAGGAAACUCUUUUGCAUAGGGUAUUUUUGUCUCCUGUCUGUGAUAUAGUCACCUCUAGAGCAGUCACCACCAGGAUAGCUGAAAAUAACCUAGACCUUUGAAGUGGUGGGGUCACUAGGAUGGUGCAGACAUUUGCCGAUGUAGCAGACUGCUGAUACCAGACGGUGACUGUGCAGUCACCCCAGGGCAUGGGGGCAUUGCAACGCCCUUAUUCUUCUAGGGGCCUGAGAAGGCAGCGGGAAGAGGGGAAGCUGCCCUUGGGCAACUGUAGGCCUCGGUGCAUCUUGUCCUGGGGGAGGGUUAGCACAAAUGAAGUCCUAGCCAGAGCUAACCUGCCUACAAUCCCUGGCUUUCACAACUGCCCAGGAGUCAGGCCACUCCAUUAUCCCACCUCUCCAGUGGGAGGUAAUUCCCCCCAAGUUGACUUUGGGGAAUUAUUCUUUUUAAUCUUUUGUACCAAAUAAGUUACUAACCCCAACUUGGAUGCCCUCCCCACCCAGGGGGAAACUGUGAGGCUGAUGUGUGUGUUGGUGAGUAGCUGCAUCUGAAGGUCUGUUUUUUUGCAUCUGGGAUGCAGGGGCUUGUCUGAGAGUCUGCUCUGGAGGUAGCCUGUCCCGGGAGUAGAGGGGCAGAGGCGUGACCCCUGGCCCUCCCUGGGAUGGUGGAGCAUCUGCCCCUUGGGGAGGGGAUGGUAGGGAAAGAAGAAACAUGAUUCCGCUGGAGUUCUCCCUACAUGGGCCAACUCACUGCAGGUACAGUGUCCUGGCUCCAAAUGCACCUCAUCCCAGGUGACACCGGCACUGUUCCUCUGCUUAGGCCGGCUUGUCUCCUAAAGGAGUGAGGAUGUGACAGAGACAAGAGUGGCCCUGCAGUGAUGCUGGGCAGUGGGUGGGGACAGUGAUGGCUGGUUCAGAGCCUCUGUCUCCAGGUCUCUGCUCUGUUCAGUCUGUCCCACUUCCGGCAGAGUCUCCUUCCCUACGGGGAAGUCUGUGACGGGCCUUUGAUGUGAAUCAGGCUCCAGUAAAUGGGGCCAAGUCUUGGUUUGAAAGGGGGAUUUGUCCUUCAGGGAAGAACCAUCUCCUAAACUACUCCCCAUCCAGUUUCUUCCACCACCCAAUUCACUAGGAGAGAAGAACUUAGAGGCUCUUGGUAUCCAGCAAGUCCCAGGCAAUGCCAGUCCUUCAUGGGGCGGAGGCUAAACCUAGGAGCUCCAGAGGGAGGGCACCCAGCUAGCUCGUCACUUGUGGAAUCACUGCCUGCCAGGCAGAACACUAGGUCCAGCCACUUCUCCCAGGGGCAUGACACCUACCAGGGGAAGCAGGCCUGAACUCUCCUUCACCGCCAGCCUUGAGGACAGCAGUGCACACUCUUUCAAGACAAUAGAUACUUCCAAGGGUACUUCUUUGCAAAUGAAAUGUAGCACAAUCUUAGACUGUGUUACCAGGACCCUGACAUGCAACCGGGGUCCUUACUCCAUGCCCCACCGCCCAGGAGAUGCUGAGCUCCUCUUCUGGGCUUCCAGAGUCCUCAUACGUCAUAUUCCCCAUCUUCCUCGGCCCAGAAAGCAGCAGGGCUUUAGUAAGGCUGCUCUCUCUGUUUCCCUUAUUGCUCCCAGCACUGUGCAAACUCUGUGCAAGAAACCGCUGCUUUUGUCUGAUGUUGUAGAUGAGUUGUCCUCACCUGGUGGGGAGAGUGGGCACGGCAUUCAGGGCCAGGAGGUGGCCCAGCACUAUUCUGGCCGUGGCUCUGGGGGGAUGGAACAGCAGAGACUGCUUCCCUGCUGACUCCUGCCUGCCUUUCUCUUUAUCUCCUCUGAGUUUUCUGCUCCAAUAUGCCGACACUUAGAGACUCUUUAAAAUGCUGCUUCCUGCACUGGAUUGUCUUUCACUGAAUGAUCAGGGAGGAGACGAGGAUGUCGACUCCUCCCCUACCUUCUCCCUCAAGUCUGCAUUUCACUCAGGUAGGAAGAGACUGGGGCAAAGCAAACACCAUCGUGAUGAAAGAGCAGGGAAGCCCCACACAAUCGGGGGCCUGGGUGGAGUUGGAUGGGCCUGGUCUGACUGGGAAAAGGUUAUUUUGAAAGAGUGCCUGAGCAUCUCAGAACAAUGUCAGUGAUGCCAAAGAGAGCAACUUGGCCUCCUUGGGCACCAGCUCUUCCGGCAGAGCUGCACAAACGUGGCUCAGUUGUUGAUGUGUCCGAUGGUGGGCUUUGUUCUCUGACAAAGGGCUUAAUCUUUCCAUGUAGCAAAGCAACUCCCUCUCCCCACCCCCCGCCCCCAACCCUAAGCUCGGGCUCUUGUGGGCCCAACAUGGCUGUGCCUGUGAGGGAAGCCACACCCGUGAGAGAAACUUCCAUUCUCUCAGGGGCCUAGACUGGCUUGAGACACGUGCUC